AUGGACCCCCGUGACGGCGACCUCUGGUCCGCUGUCAGAAGCUUCUUUCAACCCAAAUCGCCGCCUCCUCCUCCGCCGCCACCAAGGGCCGACCCAUUCUCUCACAUUUUUUCUCCUCCUCCUCCUCCGACGAUGGUGAGGAUUGAUGAGAACGUGUCGUUAAUGGAUUUUGCCAAUGCUUCAAGUUUCGGGGGCUUGGAGGAAGUUUGCAUGCCGUUCCUAUCACAGAUUCAGCAGCCUCCGACCGCCGCCGGAGUUGUGGGACCCCCAACGAAGGCCUCGGAUCAGCCGAAGCAAAAGCGGCAGCUAGGGGGGAGAUCAGGCAAAAAAAAGAAGGAGCCCAUCAAGAAGGUGGUGGUUCACGCUCCGGCGGAUACCAGCAACUGCAGUGACAACUGGGCUUGGAGGAAGUACGGACAGAAGCCCAUUAAAGGCUCCCCUUAUCCUCGAGGUUAUUACAGGUGCAGCACUAAUAAGAGUUGCCCGGCCCGAAAACUUGUGGAGAAGAACUGGGUCGAUCCGAAACUGGUGAUCAUCACCUACACCGANNNNCCACUCACAAGAGCGUUCUCUCUGGUAGCACCCGCAACAAGCAGUCUGGGGCUUCUUCCUCUUCGAGGCAUUCUCCUACGACACCUCUGGGGACGUCGCCAACGUCGCGGUCAGUAG